UCGUCCUUUGAAUUUAACAUUGGCCAACAAAAAAGUUAGCUCAGCUUUUUACAAUUCUCUCUCAACCCCAAGAAGAAAGCACUCUCUCCUUCUCCUCCUCAAACCCCAUUUCAGAGAAACUUCACCAGAGUUUCCCCCAACAAGAAGAGCUAAAGCAGACAGACAGUGAGGGAGCGUGGCAGGGUCUCUCCGAGUAAUGUAUACUGGCGUGCAUGGGACGGAGGCGGCGGCGGCCGCCAACGGCGACGCCGUCGCGCCGUUCGUCAUGAAGACCUACCAGAUGGUCAGCGACCCGGCGACGGACCACCUCAUCUCCUGGGGCAAGGCCAACAACAGCUUCAUCGUCCUCGACCCUCUGGACUUCUCCCAGCGCCUCUUGCCCGCCUACUUCAAGCACAACAACUUCUCCAGCUUCGUCCGCCAGCUUAACACCUAUGGUUUCAGGAAGGUGGAUGCGGACCGAUGGGAGUUCGCGAACCAGUGGUUCCUCCGCGGCCAGAAGCAUCUGCUGAGGAACAUCGUGCGGAGGAAGCACAACAAGGGCGGCGCCUACUCGCAGUCGAAGGGGGGCGGCGACGCCGACAUGGACGAGGAGGAGCUUGUCGGUGAGAUAGCGAGGCUGAGGCAAGAGCAGAGAGCCCUCGAGGAGGAGCUUCAGGGCAUGAGCAAGCGGCUGGAGGCGACCGAGCGGCGCCCUCAGCAGAUGAUGGCCUUCCUCUACAAGGUCAUCGAAGACCCGGAGCUGCUUCCCCGGAUGAUGGUGGAAAGGGACAGGAACAAGCAAUUGGCGGUGGCGAGCGGCGGCGAGAAGAGGCGGCGGCUCAUGAUCUCGUCCUCCGCGGUGUCCUCCUCCUCCUCGAGCAUGGCGGUCUCGAGCUCGAUCAAGAGCGAGGACGACGACGAGGGUGCCAACUUCGGGGUCAUCUCCUCGCCCGAGGUCGAGGGCAAUCCGGACAUCAACCGCUUCUACGACUUCGCCGCGGUUCCGGCUUCCUCGCCUUCAGCUUCAAUCGAUGGUGAGAUCGGCCGGCACAUGGCCCUCUCGCCGCCCUACACCGACGUGAGUGGAUACGGCGGAACGAUGAACAAUCAAUUCGGGUACUUUGCGGAAAUGGCGGUGGCCGGAGGAGAGGCCGGUCCGCCGUCGCCGCCUUAUCCUUUUUCCCUCUUGGGAGGUGGCUUUUAGUUGCCUUACCACGAAUAUUAUCUUUUCCAUCUUAUCCCCUUGUAUUAUUUUCCUUCUAUUUUCUUUCUUCUUAUAUCUCUCUUUUUGGUCAAUAAUUUCCCUUGUAAAUAGCAAGAAAAGGAACGAUCAAUUACGCAUUAAAUUU